AUGGUCGAUUGGCAAUCGGCCGAGGCGCAGAGUCCGGACCGCUUCGUCAAGAUGGCCGAUGCGCUCCACAAGGCCGGCCGUGACAUCAAGUACUUCCUUUGCCAGUGGGGAAUCGGCGAAAAUGUGCCUGACUGGGCCGCACCACUCGGAAACACGUGGAGGAUGAGCAAUGACAUCUUCAACGCCUGGAGGGCUAUCUGGCGCAUCACCAACCAGGUCGUCCCACAUGCCAAGCAUACGGGACCCGGUGCGUUUGCUGACAUGGACAUGCUCAUCAUUGGCCUCGGUGCGCUGUCCUAUGAGGAAGAGCGCUUCCACUUCGGCUUCUGGUCCUUGAUGAAGUCGCCCCUCUUCAUCGGCGGCGUCAUGGACCGCGCCGAGAUCCCUGCCGAGUCCCUUAAGAUCAUGUCCAACGAAGAGGCCAUCGCUAUCAACCAGGAUCCUCUCGCGAAGGCGGCGGAGCUCGUUAUCCGUUACACAGAGGAAGAGUGGGACAUUUGGGCCGGCGAGCUUUCAGGCGGGCGCAAGGCUCUAGGUGUCGCGAACUGGAAGAACCAGACGCAGACCGUCAAUGUCGACUUGGGCCUUAUCGGCGUGGCGUCGGCCAAGACACGCGAUGUGUGGGCGCACGCCGACGGGGCCAUCACUGGCACGCAAGAAGUGAAGCUCGCGCCACACGAACUCCGUCUCCUUGUUCUCAGCGACAUUGUGGAGACCGCCGCUCCGAAGGAGGCGGACUACUACUCCAUCGCCAACGCCACCCUCGCCGGCGGCGCGAGGCUUGUCGACUGUCAAGCCGACGAGUGCGCGCCGGUGCAGAAAAAGGCAGGCAACAUUGGCGGCGACGCGAGCGUCACUUUCCGUGGUGUCAGCGCGCCGAGCGACGGUGCGCUGCGUGUCGGGGUUGACUUUAUUAACUACGACUACCACCACACCAUCGGCGACUGGGAGUCCAACUCGAGGAACUUGACCGUCAGCGUCAACCAGGCAGGCGGCAAGCGGUGGGCGUUCCCUCUUGCCGGUGGUGAUUGGUUCGAAACUGGACGUCUGCUGAUAGAGCUUGAUGGGUUCGUGGCUGGAGACGAGAACGAGGUCGUCUUCACGGCUCCGACUCAGGGGCGAUUUGCCCCUGACCUGGUAGGCUUCGCCACCUAUGCGUGA